AUGCUCAAAUUCGCCGUUCUCGCCCUCAUGCUGGGUCUCCUGGUCCUUCUCUCCACAACAACUGUCAAUGCCCAUUUCCCGGUGUACAGCCUUUACAAGGAGCGGAAACCGGUUGAUUUGGUAAGUUACGAGUGAUGUCAUUGCUGAUUUAAGCACUUAAUUGGUUUCAGUUCCAAGCCCUGGCAACUGCCCGACAGGCAAAACGACGUGCUGGCGGUUUCGAGGAAAUUUAUGACAUACCACUGUCCGGUUUAUAUUCGAGAAACUGA